AUGUCUCCCGGAAGAGAGGUCAUUGAGGCACUGGCGAGGGCUGAAGCUCUGGAGCUGACCAACGCAAACGCUGAAGAAAGCAUCGACCAGGCUCAAGCUACCUACAAAGCAGCAUCCGACAAUGCAAUACGGUGGGCUCAGUCGAAACGAGCACAGGCAGAUACUCUGCAAAGACGGCAUGAGGAAUUCUGCAAAGGGUUCCAGAGUGCGAUUGAUAGGCUGCGGAGCCAUAUUGAUAUCUUAUGCCGCGAAAACACAAGACUCUGGUCCGACAACUCGACACUCAAGUCCGACAACACGACACUCAGAUCCGACAACCGCAAACUCCAGGCUCACGGACCAGGAGGCAUUAGGAAGAAACUUACGAUAGCGAGGAGUUCUUAA